AUGACAUCUCAAAUCGCCGAUGGUUCUUCUACAACUACAAUCAAUCCUUUGAAAAAUGGAUCCACUGCCCUUAAACCACCACACCAUGCCCAUGGCAUGUCAGCGAACUCUCACCUCACGAAUGGUUCGCCAAAGAAAGUAAAAAGUUAUAAACGGUUAGAAUUAGAGCGAUUGAUAAGAGAAUUUCAAAAUAAAUUAGGCAAGAAUUGGGAAAAGUAUCAUGAGACUUUGAGUUUGUUUUUGAUAGGGAAAUUGUCGCGUGUUGAGUUGAUAUCAACGAUAACACCAAUAUUAAAGGGGAAGAAUUUAUUAAAAUAUCAUAACAAGUUGCUAUUGUUGAAUUUUGCCAAUAGUUUAAAAGACAACUCGUCAGAUUUAUCAAAUGAGUUUGCCGGUUUCUGGAAUAAGAAAGCGGGCAAAGUUACUAAAAGUAAAAACAAUCAAUUUGAAAGGUUCAAAUCGGUGAUCAUGGGAUUACCAGUAAAAGAACGUAAGAGAAUAAUUGACAUAUCUCGAGAUAGUGGUAAAAAGGGUAAAAUUGCCACCGAUAUUAUAUUGACUAGACACGCUAUUUUACCCAAGAUUCCCAUGAUUCAGGAUAAAGAGCAACAACAAUUACAAGUCAAUAAUUUGGUCCAAUGGCAGCAGGAUGUGUUGAAUGGGAUAAAUACACCAAUUGCAACUGAAAAUUACGAAAUUCCCGAUUAUGAUAAUUUGUCAAGAAUGGUGUUAAUGAUAAUGAGAGAACAUGGACUAACUGGAGGAUUGAACUCCGGGGUGAUGGAAGUGAUACUAUUGGGUUUGGAAUCUCAUUUAAAGAAUAUUAUUGAAACGGCCAUUGAUGUUGCUAAAUAUCGGAUGAACAAGUAUACCAAUGAUAAUUAUAUCCCUUAUGUGAAAUCCAAUGGAGAAGCUAAUAACACUACCGGUAAUGACGAUGGAUUACCAUCAAGUAAAGAUAUCACUUUGUGUAUUGAAGAUUUGCAUGACACAUUAGAAAUGUAUCCUCAUUUAGUUGAAUCGUCGGGUCCUAAAUUGAGAUUAUCUAACGUUAUGCUUGAGAAUGAUGACAUGAUUGGUGAUGGAUUAGAUUAUGACUUGCCACCAAUAAAUCAGGAGUACUUUGCAAAAGAGCGUCAUACAACUACUUCUAAUAAUGCAUCCACAGGGGCUACCAAUACAAGUAAUAACACAAAUAGCACAAGUGGUGCUACUGGUGGUGCAACUAAUUCUACAUCAAAACACAAAACAGAUUCGACUGCGGUAUCAGAAAAGACAGACACAAACCAACCUUUGCAAACCCCUGCUUCAACACCUUCACAAGCACCAGCACCAGCACCAGCACAAACACAAACACAAGUAUCAGCACCAGCACCAGCUUCUACACCAAUUCUAAGACCAGAUGCUCAUAUUGGGACCACUGAUGAACUAAAAUGGGUAUUACAUGAUUUAGUGUCAACUAUGUAA